AUGGAUGGCAGCGUUGUGCUAACUGAUAGUGCUGAAUUAUCGAAAAAGGAAGAGAAGACAGCACUUGAAGUGCAGAAGCAUGCAUUAAAAGAAUCAACUGAACAAUGGCGUGAACGGAUUAAAAAAGAUCCAGAUUUGCAAUAUCUCGAUGGUGUGAGACGUUUACAGAAGGAUUUUCCAACCAAACAAAUAUCACCAAAGAUUAGAACUGUGGAUAUUAGCAAAGGCUUGGAUCACUUUUAUUCUUGCACUUCCAUUGUUUCAUCGCCAUCUAAAAUGUUGCCCAUCGAUUUGAAUGAAUUUGAAGAUAUUAUCAUUACCACUCCAAG